UGAGAUACGAGCCCAUAGUUGUUUGUGGCUUUCAUCAUGAACAAUAAAUACACCGCUCUGUUGCUGGCUUGCCUGGUGGUGGCUGGUGAGGCCUCUGCCGUCAGCCGUCUUCAGGCGCCCGAGCAACUCGAGGGGAAGUCGGCAUGGGAACUCCAGGCUGACGUGAACGACUAUGUGGACGCCACCAUCUCAGGGCUGAUCCCGCUGAUGCAGGCCCACGGGCUGGACCCCAUGAGCCUGCCCGACGUGGUGGAAGGCUUCUCCGUGCGUCCCCUGCUAGUAACCUACAGCGCGUGGUUGAAAAUCACGCAGGGCUCCAUGACGGGGCUUGUAAACGUCGAGCGCUCCGGCGACCAGCUGGUCAAGUACUUCGCCAAGAUGCUCCGCGUGCGCGUGCAGCUGCAGUUCAGGAACACCCAGUUCAACUACAACUACCUGGUGAAGGUCAUGAACAUCGGGCCUACGGGAGGCAUCCGCGCCACGCUCAGCCGCUUCGUGGUCGUCGCUGACAUCCUCAUCGACUUCAACAACGACGAAGUCCAGCUACAGGAGUUCAGCAUGACCGACAUCGGCCGCCUGAGGAUCCGCUUCACUGGCAACGUCCUCACCGACUGGCUCCUGACUCCCGUCACCAACGUCUUCCUGAUGAUCUUCGACACGAUCAUCAUCAAGGUGGUGGAGAGCAACAUCCGCUCCGCCGUGCAGGACUUCAUCAUCGUCAUCAACUCCGAGAUCCGGAACGCCGUCAGCUCUCUUGAAGCUAUCCAGUAGAGACAAUGGCACCCGUAAACGAUGUCUUACUUGUGGUUCGUGGUG